GGCGUUUGUAAACAGAAUGCUUUUUUAGAAGUUUGCAUUUCCAAAUCGCGUCCAGGUUUAAUAAAUCAGAAUUCGGCUGAUAUUUGAGUGAAUAUAGUGUUAAAAAGUGGUUUGAUCAAACGCCAACAACUCCACCAUGUCGAUAGAAAUCGAAUCUGCCGACGUAAUCCGUCUGAUCCAGCAGUACCUGAAGGAGUCGAACCUGCACAAAACGCUGCAAACCCUGCAGGAGGAGACCGGCGUUUCGCUCAACACCGUCGACAGCGUGGAGGGCUUCGUGUCGGACAUCCACAACGGCCACUGGGACACGGUGCUGAAGGCGAUCCAGUCGCUGAAGCUGCCGGACAAGAAGCUGAUCGAUUUGUACGAGCAGGUGGUGCUGGAGUUGAUCGAGUUGCGCGAGCUGGGUGCGGCCCGGUCGUUGCUGCGCCAAACCGAUCCGAUGAUUAUGCUGAAGCAGCAGGAAGCCGAGCGUUACAUUCAUCUUGAGAACAUGCUUCAGAGGGCGUAUUUUGACCCGCGCGAGGCUUAUCCGGAGGGAGGAAGCAAGGAGAAGCGACGGGCGGCGAUUGCCACUGCGUUGGCGGGGGAAGUUUCGGUGGUUCCUUCGUCGAGGUUGUUGGCCUUGCUUGGGCAGGCACUCAAGUGGCAGCAGCACCAGGGAUUGUUGCCCCCCGGAACGACGAUCGAUUUGUUCCGUGGUAAAGCGGCCAUUCGUGACCAGGAAGACGAGAGUUUUCCCACGCAGUUGGCGCGACAGAUCAAGUUUGGGCAGAAAAGUCACGUCGAGUGCGCGCAUUUCUCGCCGGAUGGUCAGUACCUGGUUACGGGCAGCGUCGACGGAUUUAUCGAGGUUUGGAAUUUCACCACCGGUAAAAUCCGUAAGGAUUUAAAGUAUCAGGCGCAGGACAACUUUAUGAUGAUGGAACAGGCCGUGCUGGCGAUGUCGUUUUCACGUGACUCGGAAAUGUUGGCCACCGGAGCGCAGGAUGGGCAAAUCAAAGUUUGGAAGCUGCUUACCGGUCAAUGUCUACGGCGGUUUGAAAAGGCUCACAGCAAGGGUGUCACCUGUCUGCAGUUCUCUCGGGACAACAGUCAAAUUUUAACCGCCUCGUUCGAUCACCUGAUUCGUCUGUACGGCCUUAAAUCCGGUAAAAUGUUGAAAGAGUUCCGCGGUCACACGUCCUUCGUCAACGAAGCUGUCUUCUCUCCGGAUGGUCACAACGUGCUGAGCGCAUCCUCGGACGGUUCCGUCAAAAUCUGGUCCCUCAAAACAACCGAAUGCGUGUCAACGUUCAAAGCUCUCGGCAGCGACCUGGCCGUCAACUCGGUCCUGAUGCUCCCUAAGAACCCGGAACACUUUGUAGUCUGCAACCGGUCCAACACGGUCGUCAUCAUGAACAUGCAGGGCCAAAUCGUGCGUUCGUUCUCGUCCGGUAAGCGCGAGGGAGGUUCGUUCAUCUGCGCUACGAUUUCACCCCGCGGGGAGUUUAUCUACUGUGCCGGCGAAGAUCUGGUGUUGUACUGCUUCUCCGUUACGUCCGGCAAGCUCGAGCGAACGUUGAACGUGCACGAAAAGGACGUCAUCGGGCUGACGCAUCACCCGCACCAGAAUCUGCUCGCCACGUACAGCGAGGAUGGGCUGCUGAAGAUGUGGAAGCCGUAAGGGGAUAGAAUUAAGGUUAAGAAUUAUAAUUACAUGCUAUGUGUAGGAAUGACGUGUGAAAUAAAACGAAUUGUGAAAAUAA